CACACACCAAUCUAAUAUUAAUGUUAUUUAUUCUCAGUGACCUUAGUCUUUUUCAGUUAUUCGAAAAGUAUAUAUAAAAUAACGAAUUCUGAGUUAUGUCUUUGGUACUAUAUGGCAGCUCAGAUACAGAAAGUAGUGAGGAAUCAGACUUUUACGUGAAACAGGUUCCAAAACUCCCUGACUUUAUUAAAGAUCUUUAUAGAAAAAAGCGUAAAACUUUCGAUAGUCCCAAUUUCCACGAAGGAAGAAAGAGGACGAAGGCUCAUGUCGAAGGUUUAUGGGCAGUUCAAAUUUACUUAGAUGUUGAUUUUGAUAAUUCCUCUAAACAAAAGAUUCAGGAAAUUAUAGCUUCGCAAUCAGAGUUCAGAAGUUUGUUUACUUCGGAAUUUGGUGUUGUGAGGAGUUUGCACUUGAGUUUGUCAGAACUAUUUAGAAUUGCAUCUGAUGAAAGAAAAGCUGUUUUAACAAUUUGGAGACGGGAGUGUCAGCACUUACAACACAGAGCAAUCAGAUACAAGCUUCAGGACCCAUGUCUUCUUUUUAAUGAUGAUAGAACUCGAAUGUUUUUUGUACUGAAAGCAACAUUUGAAAGUGCUGAUCUUUUGAAAAAAUUGCUAGAAAUUUCAAAUAACUUAAUGGAAAAAUACGAAGGGAAAGAAUUACGAAAGGACUUUCUACCCCAUGUUUCGUUUGCUUGGGCACAUGCCAAACAAGGUGAUUUUGAAGCUUGGGAGAGUUGCGACAGGGAAAAUCUACGAUUUAUAGAACUAGAAACACUGUUGAAACAAUUCGAAUCGGCGAUGCUAAAAUCCGUCUCAUUAGAAAAUAACAGCAUGAAAAUGGUAAUGGGACAUAAAAUUCACUCUGUCACUCUGCAAUAGAUUUCUACUUGAGACUCGCGAAGAAUGACUCCUUGUUCAAAUCAAUUCAAAAAGCAUCCCUGAAAGUUUUGAUCUAGGAUAAGAAACUUAAUAAUUACAAUACAUACUUGGAAUGCCUACGUACAGAAUUUGUAACCAAACUAUGACCUGUGUCCAUCCAAGUAUGGACUACUAUGAAUAUGUUCUGCUGAACAUUACAUUACCUACUAGAAUGCUUCGGUAAAAAUUGCAAUAAAAAUACAAAAAUACCUUACUAUUCUCGUAACAUAUAUAAAAAUAGUUUCUCAGC